CACUGCGGGUGUUAAUAGAAAGUGAGGAAGAGGAAGGGGAAAGAGAAGCCAGAGAAGUAUACUAGAAUAGCAGAAUAGUACCAAAAACUGAAAGAAUGGCAACACAGGAUAGGCAAAUUAGGUAUUAUUUUAAAGAGUUAUGAUAACACAGGAGGGAGAUUCAAUAGGGUGAGUUGAGAUUGUGGUGGGUGUUCAUAUGGGUGGGAUAAGGAAAGUAAGGGGCGGGGGGGAUUGACUUUUGUUUUUCGGUGCCUGUGCUCUUCGGUCUUUCUACUGAGAAGGGAACGUUGACAGACGCCUGAGCUCCGGCAAAACACCAGGACGUCCCAGAUAAGAGCAGUGAGAUCAUGGGACCGGGACUGGGACAUUAGUGGCUCUACUGGUCAAUGGAUGGCGUGGACGACGCUCACAGCAAACACCUCUCCCCACAGACGACAACAAAGCACCUUGGCUGGAUAUACAAGAGGAAGAGCAAGUGGGUGUAGGAGGAAGCCCAACCCCUCGAUUGAUCGAGGUGCUAGGCAGAGCCAGAGAUCAAAAGCAGAACAGUCAUGGAGAUGAGCGGAGUGAACCAGAGCUGUGUCAGCAACACGGAGCUCCAGAGCUACCAGCACCAAGUCUAUGUGGUGGUGUACGCCAUCAUCUUUACCCUGGGGCUGCCUUGUAACUUGGUAGCGCUCUGGGUCUUCCGGCAGUACGUGAAGGAGACCAAGAAAGCAGUGUUGUUCAUGAUGAACCUGGCCUUGGCCGACCUGAUGCAGGUGCUCACCUUGCCCCUGCGGAUCUACUACUACCAUUACAACAAAUGGCCCUUCGGCCAGCCCUUCUGCGUCUUCUGCUUCUACCUCAAGUACGUCAACAUGUACGCCUCCAUCUUCUUCAUGGCGUGCAUCAGCCUGCGCCGGUGCGAGCUCAACAUGUAUCCCCUGAAGCACAGCUCGUCCAAGAAGAAGGGAGACUUGGUCGUCUGCGUCUCAGGCUGGCUGCUGGUCUUCCUCUGCUGCGUCCCCUUCCCCGUCCUCCGCACUCCCAGACAGCCCCAGGCCGACCCCGACCCCGGGGCCGGCGGCGAUGCCCUGGUCAGCGCCACGAGCCCCAGCCUCCGGGGCUCUGCCGGAAACGAGGUUUGCUUCUCAGAGCUGCCCAUGCAGCCCGUGGGCAUACCGGUGGCCUGGACCCUCAUCAUCCUGGCCGAGUUGCUGGGCUUCGUCCUGCCCUUGGUCCUGGUGCUCGUGUGCGCCUGCCUGAACGUGGCGAGCCUGCGGAGCCGGACGGAAGGGGUGUCCCAUGACCGGCGGGAGCAGCGGCGGGCCAUGAAGAUGGUGAUGAGCUGUCUGACGGUGUUCCUGGUGUGCUUUGUCCCGUACCACGUGACCUUUCCCCUGGACUUCCUGGCCAAGGUGGGCGCCCUGGGCUGCAGCCUGCGGGAGCAGGUGCUGCGGAGCCACCCGUGGACGCUGUGCCUGGCGAGCAUCAACUCCUGCCUGGACCCCAUCAUGUACUAUCGCACCACCAAAGAGUUCUGGAGGCGGGGACGUUGAGGCGUCGGCUGACACGCCGAGGAACCCUAACGUGCGCUGCCUCAAAAAACCGCCAAAAGGUUGUUCUUGUUGUGGACGAUUUGUUGAAUGUAAUUUUUUUAUAUUGCAUCUGUUUUAGGUAUCUUUUUUAAAACACAGGGGUGUUUUUACUAUUGUUUCCAUUUGUACUACUCCGUUAGUUAUAUUUCCUUUGCAGGAGAACGGAUUUUCCUUUUGCCUACCGGAAAGUCCCCACACCAUUUAAUGUGAAACAAAAGAUCAAAGCUCUGAACGCCGAGGGACAAAGGUGGCAUUGACACAGAACUUGUCAAUGCCACUGAGUGAAUGUAUAGAAUACCGAAACCAUUUAAAGAAGCAUUUCUUUGGGAGAAAUGAUAUUGGAUGAAAGUAUUGUGUGAUUAAACUAUUUCAUUAAUAGUUUGUGUCAUAUAUGUGUAAUAGUUGUGCAUUAUAGUAAUUUAAAAAUAAACAUAUAGAGCAGGCUUCUAAAGGUUAAGAAAUGUAACUUUAUUCAACAACAAAUUACAAUUACAAAGUGACAUUAAUUUCAGUAACUUUACACAAAACCAUAUUAUCUUUCAUCAAAACAGUUUGACUAUCUCCUUGUGUUUGGAAACACACUUCACCAGGCACAGCUCUUUCCCUUCCGAUUGUCCUUCUUUACAGCUAGAUUUUUAUGGGAAGCCGUUUUAAUUGUUAUUUCACAAUUUAAUUACAAACAUUUGAAACAUUUAUAUACAAAAUUUAGCAGUCGUGUUUGAAUCAAUUGAAACAACUUGAGGUACACAAAUAAAAUCCUUGGAAAUGGUAACGAAAAAGGUAGUCAUUUGCAAAAUUGCCAAAAGUCUCAAUUCUGUUAGGUCAGUUAUUAAUUAUUUUUGCACCUGCCACUUCUCAUUCCCUCAACCGAAUCUUAUACAUUAGCAUGUCCUGUGGGGGAGCAAUCUCUCCUCUUUGAGGUUUGAUGUCAUUGAUACAGUAACAAGUUCAGACAGUAGGAAGGAUCUUCACGUACAGACUAAGACCUCCGGGACGGCCUCAUUAUGACGACACAAAAUAAACAAACAAGUGCAUUGUUGUGGGGUUUCAUCCAUCCGUCUUAGAUAGGUUUUUAAAACGUACACCAUUGAAGUCUGGAAGGUAUAGGACUCUUCUAAACAUCUCCCUAAGGUCUCACAUAAGACGGGUUUCACAUAUAAUAACGCUUCUGUGUGAGGUGAUCGGAUGUUGCAACAUGCCAAUAGAUGUAGCAUCACUAGCUAAUAUAUGUACGAAAGAUAGCUUAUACAUGUAGGAUAGCUAGCUAAUAGAUGUAGGAUCACUUGCUUAUUGAUGAUUCAGGUUGUUAUUUAUCCCGGGGGAAAUUGUUUCAUUGCUAGCUAAAACAUGUAGGAUAGCUAGCUAACAGGAUCAAACUAAACAGCCCCAGUAAAACAUAAGCUAGCAUUAUGGAAGGAAUGACCAGCACAAGACUAGAUAGGGACCAGGUUAGUUCAUAAGCAAUCAAUAACCUAUAGAUUUUACAUUGUGGUAGCUUAUAACGCUGAAACAUCAAAUUCACUUGGGGAAAGAGCGGGAAAAGCAUAAUGUUCAGUAGUAAGGUAAUUUUUU